AGUAUUAUUAUUAAAAUCAAUAGUAAAAAAAGAGAUGUGGGCCCUUGAUUGUGGGCAAAAUAAAAGCCUUGGUCCUCAAGAAACAAACAAGACUCCCAUUCAUCAUCAACGAAAUCGAACGUACAAAUUAAACCCCUCAUCAUAUCUGUUUCCCUUGGGUGUUGAUUGCGAUUCAAAGUGAAAGAUAAAGAUGGUGAUGGGGAAACUCAAAAUUGGCGGCGCAUGGAGUGGGGUGUUGGAAGUUGAACUGGACGACUGGACUGUCUCUAUGCUGCGCGAAGAGGUCGCCAAUCGAUCCGGCUGCGCCACCCCCAACUGCCUAAACCUCAUCUGCGCCGGCAAAGUCUUGAGAGACGGCGAUGGCUCCGACAAGUUGACCCAAUUGGGCCUCAAAAACAACGCCAGGAUUCUCGCCGCCAAGGUUUCCGUUGAUCAAGACGGCAAGUCCGUCAAAGACGAGUUUCUGGCGGAGGAGGAGCGCGCCAAUAAGCUUUCUAGACUCAAGACAGCUGCCACUAAAUUGGCCACCAGACAUGCGGAUGGUUCAUUACCUGUUGAGGACUUCAAUCUAGAGCUUGAAAAUCAGAGUGGACAAAAGGUGCAGUUGGGGUCGGAGACUGACCAACGGGCAAUAAUGAUGGGACUUAUGCUUCAUGCAAAUGGAAAAGCUCUAAUGAGAAGGGAACAAUAUAAAGAUGCAUUAGAAGUGCUUAACAUGGGUGAGGAAUCUUUUUCUCUGUGCAACCCAAAGGUGAUUGAGAUGGUUGACAACGUACCAAUUCUUCAAAUAGACAUGGUCUGGUGCUAUUUUAUGCUCCGUGAUAUCAGUUGGCUAUCAGUAGCAGGGAUUCGCCUUGAAAAAGCCAGGGAAGGUAUUGAGCGUGCUCAUGGAAAGGAAUCUACUCGUCUCAGAAUUCUCCAAGGAGGUCGCUACCCUGAGCUAGCUUUACACUUGAGGAUGGAGUUGUUAGAAGGUGUGAUUGCAUAUCACCGCGGUCAUUUGCAAAAAUCUAAGAAUGCCUUGAGCUCAGCCCAAACUAAAUACUUCCAGCUUCAGGUACCAGAUGAAUCCCUUUCUUUUUUACUGAGCAUGGGGUAUAAAGAACGUGAAGCAAAGAGGGCCCUCCGCAUGAACAAUUUGGAUGUUGGAAGUGCUCUUGAUUUUCUUGUUGAGGAGAAAGCAAAAAGGGCACAGAAGCGGAAGGAGGAUCUUCAAAGGCAGAAGGAAAUUUUAGAGCAAAAGACAUAUGGAACAACUCCACUUAGGAAAGCUGUGAAUCUAGAGAAGCUGAACGAAUUGGUCUCCAUUGGGUUCCAGAAAGAAGUCGCUGCUGAGGCUCUUCGAAGAAAUGAAAAUGAUGCCGAGAAGGCUCUGGAUGAUUUAACAAAUCCUGAAAGUAAUGCUGCCUUACAGAAUGAAGUUAUUUCAAGGAAAAGAAAAAGACUGCGUGAAGAAACAAAAUCAGCGACUGAAAAUCUAGCAGCAUUGGGUUUCGACAGAGCAUCAGUGGAAGCAGCUCUUCGUGCGUUUGGCUCUGAAGAGCAAGCGUUAAAUUAUCUAGUUUCACAACCCAACACAAAUGCAGCAGGUAGCGCAGGCGCAAACCAACAAGUUGGUGGAUCAACUGCUGAAGAAAGUGGCGGCACAGAUAGCGUAGGUGCAGGCCACGAAGUUGGAGGGUCAUCAAGUCGAAACAAGCCAGUGGAGGAGCGGGACCUAGAGAUGGAGGAUGAACUGACUGGGGAGUUGGAAAAUGCAGACGCUUACUCAGACUACGAUAUUGAAGUCACAAAAGAAGGUGAAGCCAUCAAUGAGUAUUUAGCACUGAUCAGCUCUGCUGAGAAUGCCUAGAAAGUGCCAUCUUCCAAAAAUUAUUGGCCUAAUUUAUUUCCUUGUGUACAGUCUUUAUGGUAGUUAUUAUCCUAGUCUACUUAGGAUUUUCGACUUAUAUCUGAUGGUGGUUGGUAAAACUAGUAAAAUUAAAUAAUUAAGUUAUUUUGAGUCA